UUUUCUGUUUACUGCGGCGACGUUGCGUGUACGGGUACGGCACGACUUUUGACGUUCGUUCGAUUCGGCUUUUCGCUCAUUCAAAUCCGAUCGUCGGUCGAGUAAACACCGUUGUUCGAAGCGUGCGCGCGUCUACUAGUGUGUUCUGUUCUCUGAUCAACAACAAAAACGCUGUUUCGGGCGGUUUUCGAGUGCAAAGCUUGCUGCUGGCAGUUUUCAAGGAUACUGAUUGACGGCUUGUGAGUGAAUUUUGAUCUGUGCGUUGUUUUCCGUUCUUGUGGUGGUGAAUAAAAGUGACCUUGAUUGAUGGAUGCGAUCGCUGGUAGUAGGAAGCAUUCGAUUAUCAACAGUAACAACACCAACAGCAGCAGCAACAGCGGCGGCAACGGCCCUCUAGAAGCCGGUGGCAGUGGCGGUGGCCAAGUCGACGUCGUCGAAAAUAGUAAUGCAAAUAACCCGGCCGGGGCCGGAGCUGCUGUUGCCAUUACAACCGCCGCAAGAAGAAAUCCCGCAAUUCUGCUGGCGCUGGAUUCUGUGCAUCGGUCGCUGUUGCUGAAGAAUUUGCAGUUCGAUCAAGAUCCAAUCGGUGAGGAUGCUGCAAGCGAUAGCGACGUGAGUGCUGGAGUUGGCGGCUAUCGUUUACAACAAGAGGAAGAUCCACUUGAAACGCGGAAACAGUCGGAAGUGCUGAAACAUAUUACAGAACAUCACUUCCCAAAACAGACACACGUCGGCUACUAUGCGGAAGAGGAGGUGGAUGGCAGUGGUAUAGUGAGUCUGGUGAAACAGUGCCGGAUCGAUAGGAAUAAUAACGAGACCAGCACAAACGUCGCGAUGAUGGUGGCCAAGUUCGAGCCGGGGAAGGGUUAUAGUGGGAAGCAGAGGGUGGACGAAAUAGAAACAAGUGAUUUCGAUACGGCUAGUGUAAGUAGCAGUAGUUUGGGGAGUGUGCGCAGCAGUUCUGCUUUCAGUGAAGGAAGCCGGGGGGAUACUGAAAGUGUGGGAAGCUAUGCCAACGAGAAGAUGGGACCAAAUGUGAUAGGGACUGGGGAGAGUCACGUGGUGACUGCUGGAAAUGCUACGAUUACGAUUAACAUUAUCAAUAAGUCUGCCGUUGAGGAUUGUGAUACGAGGCCGUUGAAAACGGGUCCGGAAAUGAAGGCUGUGCAUGUGCAAGUUCCGGAGUGUGAGAGCGAAUCGGAGCGAGGAGUGGAAUCAUCCACGGGGGACGAAGAAGAGUCAACUGAUUGUGAAAGGGGACAAGAGUUACAGAGGACAGUCAGACGAAAUUCUGGCUUUAUUUCGCCGGAACUUAGAAGUGAUUACAGCCAUUAUGACAGUUCGCUGUUCCAAACUGCUGAGAGUCAAGAAUUUCUGGACUGCAAAGGCAGUAUGGAUUCAUCCUACACCGGCUACAAUGAUAGCUCGGAAGAAACCGAGCAGAAUGAGGAUGAAGUCGAUGGCGAUCACCACCACAAACAGAGUCCAAAGGUCGUGACCCAGGAAAUCAUCGAUGAUGAAAACGAACCCAUGAUCAACAUCAUCCAGGAAAUGACCCGCGACAUGCAAGUCACUUCCAUGGUCAUUCUCAACAAAGCUAAAAUCAAAGAACAUCGCAAAUCGCGAUCAGCGGAGAAAAAGGAGCGGCAGAAAAGCGAAAAGAAGAAAUUGGAAAAUUCGCAUCUCAGUCGGCAAAGAAUAAUCGACGAUAAUUUCUGCAACGAAAUUCUCGAUUCAACACAUCAAUUUGACCGCUUGUAUGGAAUUACCCGUAAAGCCGCCGCGGUUGAUGCACCCAAGGAAGUUUUGAGUGAUUCAGCGUUGCAGGCUUCCCUAGAUGGAGACGAAUCAUUUGACUCCUCUAUGUCUUUCGGAAAGUUGGAAGGAAAACCACGGUAUUCAGGACGACCUAUCGGGAAGUUGAUGGCCAAGCGCUUGAGGAAACUCGAUAAGCAAAACAACUGCAAGUCGGAUGUUAAUUCGGAUUCUUCCGCAUCCAACUAUGCCAAUGGACCGAAAAAACCUCCAAGGACGUUUGCCUCGGCCCGGAGUCAUCAUUCCAAAUUCGGAUGGGUCAAACAAUCGGGUUCAUCUACGGAUGCAAGCUCCGGGAAACCGAGUUGUCCCAAAUUGGAAGACCUGGACUCAGAUCCGGAUCUCAUCGGCUGGAAGUUUGACAAAUUGGAUAAGCUUGAGAAACGUGAGAAAACGGAAAAAUCACACAACAUCGGAUGGGUCAUGCCAAAGGAACGUACUAACGAAUCUUCUAUUCCUCCACAAAUCUACAACAUGUUGAACUACUCAGAAGAUGAAGAUCGGAAACGCUCUAUCAAAACUUCCAACUCGAAAGCAGCACCUCAAGCUUCCUGCUGUCAUCGCCGUGAGUCCGAGUUAGGUCCGAAGCUGGAUAUUGAUACGGUGGAUUAUGCACCGGAAACUCCACGCCGCAAGUCCUCGUCUAAUUUGGAUUUCGAACAGUUUGCAAUCAACACCACUAUCAAAAGCACACCUCAUAAAUCUCUACACUUUCCAGCGAACAGAAGAAGGACGGAGCAGUUCCUAGAAACGGAACGGGGCGAAUCUCGCCGGCGACACAGUAGUAAAGAGCACCGACGCCGCACGACCGGAGAUUUUCUGGAACGCGAACGUGAAGCGGAGUCGCGUCAUUUUUUAGAAGACGGCCGAAGAAGUGACCACGACCCGGAUAGUCCGGAAAAAUCCGAACUCUGUCGAAAGUGCAGUGGAAAAUCCGAGAAGAAAUCCUUUCGCAAGGCCGCGGUCAGCCGAACAAAAUCAUUUUUCGAAGCUUCCAAGAGAAAGAUUCACAAGAUAAGCAAGGAUAAGCAGAAGUUUGAAACCCCGAAAAAGUACCACCUGGGCAUCAACCUCAACAAGGAAAACUCCGUCAAAAAGCAGCUGCACAAACACCUGGGCUACACUCCGGACCACAUAAGGUGUGGAUCCUGCCCGAAAGAUUCCACAAUCGUUCGGAACAACCUCACGCAUACGUACUCUGCUCCGGCCCGUAUACCAGCCGACAAGACAAGUCCCCGCUCCAAGCAACCCGUACGAACGACUCUCAAUCUCUCCGAUAACGAAGAUCGCAAAAAGCAGCAAAAACCUCACGAAAUGAAGUUCCUGAAAACGCUAAAAAACCUCCGGAUAUCGCCGAAGAAGCUGUUCAAACCCAACGAUAACGAACCAACGAAACAAAGCCCGAUGAAUUCAAGCUCACCGCGGCAGCACGGAAACUUCCAAUCGUACGACGAUCUCAAUCUGGACAACGUGGCACAGAUGGGAGACUUCCUGAACAACGUUCGGUGGGCCAUGGACAGCGAAAGAUUGGAUGGGCGCGAACAACCGGUCGGCGUGCACGGUGCAGCAAGAUCAAGGCCUCGGCACAUCUCUACCAGCAGCGAAUUUCUGGACCGGCAUCCGGUCGAGCGCCAAUUGUUGCAAGUUGCGGCCGAUCUGCACCGGGAACCGAUCUACCAGGAAAUCUCCCCAAAGAACAACAAAACCAUCAUCAAUGAGUUCAUCAGCGGGGAGACCAACAGUCGGUAUCUGAUGAUCAACAACAACCCGAACGCAAUCUACGCCACUGUGAAUAAAACGGCCAAGAACCUAAUCAAAAGAAAAUCCCUGGAUAGUGUAUGCGAAGAACCGGUAGUGCAACGUAUCAGCGAGAAAAAGGUUAAUGCGCAGUCGAAAUCGGCUUCCCCGGCCCGACUGAGCACCUUAUCCAAUAGGGAAUCGCGUAGGGCCAGCAGUGGACUGAGACGAUCCCUGUUCAACAGUAGUAUAAACAGUGGCGAUCGUUCGCUUUCUUCCGUGGAAGAAAGUAACGGAGUGUUGCUAAUGCCGGCUCAGGAUACCGAAGACGACGAAACGCUGGCGAUGGUGACAGCACUGGAAGUGCAUGAAGACAUUAUUGUUCCCAAGAGUGCUGGAAAUGUGGGGGCCAGUCCUAGACGGAGUGGAGAAAAUACCCACGCCGAAGAGUAUCGGACUUUCAGGAACGAUCUUCAGUCAGAGAACUGCGGAACACGGGGACGAGGAGGAAGCAGCGGGCUAACGUGCGAAGAACAGCUGCUGCAGACGGGGAUCAUUAUGGAGGAGGGAACAAGCGGCGGCAGGGUAGCACCGCUUGGGAGUAUCGAUAGCGAUGAUGAGAUCGAAUCACUUCAGAAGUAUCAGGACAGAGGAUUGGACGAUUUGCUAACGACGCUGCGCGAAAACAUCACUUUAUCGGAAAUUGGAACAAUCGACACGGAAUCGGACGCUUUCGUGACCGGAUACGAUACGGUGGAUUUUAUCGGGAAGAGUGGAAACCAGCUGAACUCUACCAUCGACACGGACAACAUUUCGGAGCUGAUGAGUGCACAGGAAUACAGUGGAUCGAAUCUUUCGCCUGUGAAUAGCUCACCAUCGUCGGCGGACAAGAUGCGGUUGAACGGCAGUGAUAUCUACCGGAGUCUGAAGGAUAGGUUGAGGUCUUCGUUCCGAAAGAGUAAGAGAUUCAUCAAAAAUGAGCAUCGAAAGAUCGCGAAUCUAUUUGAUGAGAAGUCGAAUGUAAAGCGAGAAGAAGGCAAUAAAGUGGCGUUCAAUCUGAGUGACUAUCAGCGAAAGUACGAGAGCGAGGUGGAUGCUGAGGAGGUGUAUCAAUCACUCAGCAACGCAGGAUCAUUAGCGGAAUUAAGCAGUCAGUUCCUGGCGGAACUAGUGAAUCAGAUCAAGACGCAGUGCGAUUUGAGGAAACAGUUGAAACAAGCGUUGGCGGUUUGUCGGAACACGAGGGAGUUUGAGUGUUCCUCAGAGCUGAUUGAAGCAGAGCGAUUGAUGUUACUUUCCACCCUGAAGGAGACAGCCGCUCGGAACGAACUAAGCAAGAUCGAUUACAAUGGAAUCAAUGGAAAGGUUUCUCUCGAUAGUAAGAAAAUCGGCCUGGUGGCACUGAAUCAUUUCGAGUUUCCGUUGAAGGAAACUGCCAUGAAUGAUAUGCUGUUCAAUUACUUCUACCUGAUCGUGUGCUCCUAUAAGAACCAGGUAAAGGCCACCCUCGCCAAGGAACGCUACGAGGACAGGGUGUACUUUCGUAAUUGUGAGAUCAAGUUUCACGAUCUGGAGGCUGACUACCGAAUCCGGGUAGAAGUAUACGUGCUGCGACUGCGCAAGAAUGCCCGAAACUAUAGCUUCGAGAGCAAGUACCACUUGAACAAGGACAAUAAAAACCUGUUGGAUUCCCUCCCGAGUCCGGCAAAGCUGCGCAACCCGGCAAAGCUACUAACGCCUCGCUCCAGCUCCCCGAAAAACUUCGACUUUGAUAAUGAAUUUUCCCGCUUCAAAUCGCAAGGAUACAUCACCCUGACCGCGUCCCAUUUGCUCCCAUCGAGUGGCCACCAUCACCAGCACCAGGUGGCCAAUGAACAACUGCUGGACAGCUGUCACCAGUCGCCCUACUACUCGGCAUCGAGUAACUUCCAGCAAAUGGUGCGCAAACAGGGCGAUCACAACAUCUACCUGGUGGAGGACUUCAAGUACCUGCAGCUGGACUCGACGGUGUACAACUCGAAUCUGCUGGGCGGCAUCGGGAUGAGCUUCAAGAGCGAAGUGCUCUUCGCCAACUCGGACAUCAGUGGGUUCCUGACGGUUGGUGACAUCCGGAACGAGCGGAUCGACUGGGGUCGCAAGUGGUGCAAGGUGAACGGAUUUGUGUUGGAAUUUUGGAACUACCCACAGGAAUGUCAAGAGAAGCUCCCCACUCUCCAAAUCGAUCUGACCAAGUGCAUCGGCGAAGAAGUGAAGCUUGCCGAACGAGCGAUCUGUUCACGGCCCCGCACUCUACAGGUGGAGGUAAUUGCCAAGGGAAUCAACAGUUGCAGCAGCAGUGGAAUCAGCAGCUACAAAGACUCCGAUUCGCAUAAUCAAAACUCCGAUCAGCAGCCAUCGUCGUCUCAGGGACAAUCACAGCAGCAGCCACCUCACUCGCCAUCGCAGUCCCAACAAUCGGAGCACACCAGAAACUAUCUCCUCUCGGUGGACACACCGAACGAGCUAAAAAUGUGGCUCAACGAGUUGAAUCGUGUUGUUAAGUUUUUAAAGGAAUGGAAAAUCUAGAUCGAUAAGUUUUACCACGGAAUCGACACUCGUGUGCAAUACAGUUUUUGUUAUGAAAAGGUAGCUUUCUAGUCCCUUUAUCAAAAGGGAGUUUAGCCGUAAGAUUUGAGUCAAUAUUAAGCCACCGCACAGAGAAGCGGAGGAGUGUGAAUCUCAUAGAAAGUUGUUACAUACAAGUGCCUUCAUCCUAACAGAAGAUUUCAGCUCAUAGUUUUAGACAUCGGACAACGCGAUGUGUACAAUAGCUAGGUAGAUUUUGAAUAGUAAUAGUAAUUGCACUACAUUCCACCAGAACAGCACACAGAAUCACUCGACAAUCAUUCCACUGGUAAACAGAAUUGUAAUAUACAAAAGACUUGAACGCAGAACAAUAAUAGCAGCUACUAAAUCGCCUCUAAUCUACUUAGAAGAAUUAUCGAGAAAGGCUUGCAAACAAAAAAUCACACACUAAUCCCAACUCAAUCGAAAUGAUCUCAAUUGGAGGAUUAAUUCUCAUACCACAUAGGUACUAGUAGGUUAUUCUUCUGCUUGUAGUAUUUAGGCUAGCUACAAUCUGAGUCAAAUAUUGUGCACGUUUCUAAGUGUUGUGGGGAAUUCACUACUUACUAGUUUAAAACAGCACUUUCGGCCGUAGAGGCAGGAGUUUUUAUUGAAAAUAUAUCUUACAUUAAAGAUAAAUGAAAAUGAAAAUCAAAUAAUAGCAACAAAUGUCUGGAAUUUACUUUUUUGAUGUUUUAAAAUAAAUUUUGAAAAUUGUUCAUGUUA